AUGCACACGGUCACAGAGGGGCAGUUCCGAAGCACUAACGGGUCCGCCCAUGGACGUGACAAGGUCGCCAUAUUAGACGCUGGAUCCCAGUAUGGAAAGGUAAUAGACCGUCGCAUACGUGAAUUAUGUGUGGAGUCAGAGAUCUUGCCGUUAGAUACACCAGCCUACCACCUCAAAGAGGCUGGCUACCGAGCCAUCGUCAUAUCUGGUGGACCCAACUCAGUAUACGCCGAAGAUGCACCUAGAUACGACUCAGAUAUAUUCAAGAUUGGACUCCCUGUUUUAGGAAUAUGCUACGGUAUGCAGAUGCUAAACAAGGAGUUCGGUGGCUCUGUGCUGCGGAAGGAGGCGCGUGAAGAUGGCCAGUACGAAGUGGAAGUGGAGACCACAUGUCCCUUGUUCAAUCGUUUAGAGAAACUCCAACCAGUGUUAUUGACACACGGCGACAGCGUCCAGAAGGUUGGCGAGAGGUUCCGUGUCGGCGCUCAGUCUUCCAACCACCUCAUAGCCGCUAUAUAUAACGAACAGAUGCGACUCUACGGCGUGCAGUUCCACCCUGAGGUUGACCUAACCCCAAAAGGCAAGCAGAUGCUAUCAAAUUUCCUGUUCGACAUCGCAGGACUGUCGCGGACCUUCACUCUGCGAUCUCGACGCGAGGCCUGCAUACAGUAUAUAAGGGAAACUGUUGGUGAUAAUAAAGUUCUUGUUUUAGUAAGCGGUGGUGUAGACUCGACUGUGUGUGCGGCGUUACUUAGAACUGCGUUACGCGAAGACCAAGUCAUUGCCUUACAUAUUGAUAAUGGAUUCAUGCGCAAAAAUGAAAGCGCCAAAGUAGAGAGACAUCUGAGAGAACUAGGUGUUCGUUUACACGUCGUCAAUGCAGCUCAUCAGUUCCGUCAGGGCAGCACGAUGGUGCGCGAGGCGGGCGGGCGCACACGCCACACGCCGCUGCUGUGCCACGCCACGGCGCCUGAGGACAAGCGCAAGAUCAUCGGCGACGUCUUCAUCCGCAUCGCCGAGCAGGCCGUGCGCGACCUCAACCUGCAAGAGGACCAAGUCCUUCUCGGCCAGGGAACUCUCAGACCAGAUCUUAUCGAAUCGGCAUCGUCCCUGUGUUCCAACAACGCGGCAACUAUCAAAACUCAUCACAACGACACAGAGCUCGUGCGGGUGUUAAGACAAGGAGGCAGGGUUGUCGAACCGCUCAAAGACUUUCAUAAAGACGAGGUCCGUGCGCUAGGCGUGGAGCUAGGUCUACCGACACUGCUGGUGGAACGACAACCUUUCCCGGGUCCUGGGCUCGCCGUGCGGAUAUUGUGUCAGGAAGAACCUUAUAUGGAGCGGGAUUUUGCUGAAACACAGGUGAUAGUGAAAAUAAUGGUGGAAUAUGCGUCGAUGUGUAUGAAGUCGCACGCGCUCCUGGGGCGAGUGGCCAACGCCAGCACGCCCGCGGAGCAGGCCGAGCUCAAGCGCAUCUCCUCCAAGUCGCCCGUCGCCGCCACCUUGUUGCCCAUUCGCUCUGUUGGGGUCCAAGGUGAUGGACGAACGUACAGUUACGCCGUGGCGCUGUCGACGGAGCGGUACCCUCCCGACUGGAAGGACAUGCACUACCUCGCCAAACUUAUACCGCGCGUCUGCCACAAUGUUAACAGGGUUUGUUAUGCAUUUGGAGGUUUAAUUAAGGAGCAAGUAACCGAUAUUACACCUACUUUCCUCACACAACAAGUCGUAUCUACUUUGCGCCAGGCCGACGACCUUGCUACACAGGUGCUGGUGGCGAGCGGGUGCAUGGGGCGCAUCGCUCAGAUGCCGGUGGUGCUGGUGCCCGUGCACUUCGAGCGCGACGCGGCCGUGCGCGCGGCCUCGUGCCAGCGCUCGCUCGUGCUGCGCCCCUUCCUCACGUCCGACUUCAUGACCGGCGUCGCCGCGCUGCCCGGCUCCGACGCCAUGCCCAUGGACGUUGUAGACAGGAUGCGCAGGGAGUUGCUGACCGUGCCGGGAAUAUCGCGCGUGCUGUACGACCUGACGCCGAAACCGCCAGCCACUACAGAGUGGGAGUAG